AUGGAAGGUCUGGGCUACCGGUUGGCCAUUCCUGAUGUAAGGCUAGACGAGACCAAGUGUGGGGCUGAACAGGGUUUUGGGCAGGCUGGUGUUAGCAGAGGCAUCGAGGAGGUCCGUGUCGAUAUCAACCUGCUGAAGCCGAUACAAGUACAAGUUGACCCUGAGUUCCAGAGAGUGCGGUCCGAUGAGAAGGAGCAGAUUAAAGUUCUCAACAACAAAUUUGCAUCAUUCAUCGAAAAGGUUCAAUGUCUUGAGCGGCAGAACCAGGCUCUGAUGGCCAAAUGGGAACUUCUGCAGCAGCAAAGUGCCCGACCAGAAGAGAGCAGAAAUAUCACCUCUUUCUUCCAAUCCUACAUCAGCAGCCUGCAGAGGCAGCUAGAAACCCUCCAGGACCAGAAGGAGCAACUGGAUCCGGAAGCGUACAAUAUGCUUCAACUUGUUGAAGAUUAUAAAAAGAGAUUCGAGGAUGAGAUCAACAAGCGCGCGUCUAAAGAGGAGGAGUUUGUGGAGCUUAAAAAGGAACUGGACAGUGCCUACAUGGGAAAAAUGGAGUUUGAUGUUCGGGUGGAAAUACUGAAGCAGGAGCUUGAGUUCCUCAGAUGCUUACAUGAAGCUGAGCUGUCCCAGCUGCAAACAGUAGUUGGCAACACCAAUGUCAUUCUGUCCAUGGACGACGAUAGAGAUCUGAACCUGGAUGGCAUCGUCGAAGAAGUCAGGCAGGAGUACGAGACAAUUGCUCAGAGAAGCAAAGCUGAAGUAGAUGCCAUGUAUCAGGGCAGGUACCAGGACCUUCAGAACAUGUGGGUAAAUCAACGUGAGCAACUGAGGAACAGUUAUCAGGAAAUCCAGGAACUUACAAGGCAGAUCCAAAGACUACAAACAGAAAUUGAAAUUGCAAGGAAAAAGAAUGCCAGCCUCCAAGAAACCAUUAAACAUGCUGAGCAGCGUGGGAGCUCUGCCAUCGAAGACGGCCAGCAAAAACUUCAGGAGUUGGAAAAUGCCCUGCAGCAGGCCAAAGAUGAUCUCGCUCGCCUUGUUCAUGAUUAUCAGGAGCUCCUGAACACGAAAUUGGCCCUGGAUAUUGAAAUUGCCAUGUAUAGAUCACUCCUUGAGGAGGAGGAGACCAGGUAG